AUGGCCUGGAACCCUUCGUCCCAGUCGUCAUUCUGGGCUUCCGCCGGUGGUCCUGGCGAGGGCGUCGACCAUGCCGGCACCGACGGUCCUCCGCCUCCACCGCCGCCUCAUCCUUUCAACAACGUGUCUGGGUUUCCCCGUCCGGACGGUCCUCCGCUUGCCUUCCGUCCUCCUCCUCCUCCUCCUGGUCCUCCUGGCUCGCAUGGACCUCCGGGUCCGCAUGACGCCCCUCCACCGCCUGGCCCUCACGGCCCUCCACCGCCUCCUGGGCCUCAUGGCUGCCACGGUCGCCGUGGUCCUCGUGGUGGUCCUCGUGGCGGUCCCGAUUCUGCCGGCGAGGAACACUCAGACUUCUCUGGUCCUUGGGGCCGCGGCCCCUGGGGCUCAGACUGGAUGAUGGCUGGUCCCUGGGGCCAAGGCCCCCCCGGUGGUGGUGCCUGGUCCGGUGACUGGCACGGCAGCCGUCGUCAUGGUGGCCGUCAUCAUGGUGGUCGUCGUCACGACGAGCACUACGGCGCCUUUGGGCCCCAUGGAUCACGUGGCUUCGAUCGCCAUCCGUCCGACUACGGUGACGUCUACGACAGCGACCGCCGCGCCGCUGGCCGGCAUGACCGUCACGGUUAUCAUGGCUAUCAUGACCACCACGACCGUCACGAUCAUCACGACUCCCAUGACCACGACCAUCAUUGGGGUCGCCGUGGCGGUGAUUAUACUGCCGACGAGAAGCGGGACCUCUCCGGCAACGAGUCAGACUCAUCCUCGUCAUCGGGCAGCAGCGAUCCCGAGGAGGAGGAUAUCAGCACGGUCGAUGGCCCGAACACCCCUAGCACGACUACAGUGCGCGAGGCUACGUCGGAUGCCGGUGCUGCCAGUGCUACUGCGUCUGCAGCUGCUGGUGCUGGUGCCGGUGCCGCUGCUGCUGAUGCCCGCAGUGGCGAGCAGAAGAACGCUCCCGAACAUGGUCGCCACCGUCGUCGUGGUGGCCGUGGUCACGGUGGCCGAGGACGUCACGGUGGCCCUGGAGGUCCUGGGGGUCCAGGAGGUCCUGGUGGCCCUGGCGGCUUUGGAUUCGGCGGCUUUGGUCAUGGUCCUCGCGGUCGUGACCCUCGCGGUGACUUCUUUUCGGCCGGCUUCGGCCCUGGAGGCCCCUUCUUCCAGCACAACCGCUUUGGUGGUCCGGGAGGUCCGGGAGGCCGUGGCAGCAUGGGCGGUGCUCCUUCCGGCUUUCCCUUUGACUUUGCCAAUGGCCACGGUGGCGCCCGGGGUCCAGCUGGCAACGGCUUCACGCUCCCGCCUGCCUUGGCACCGCUCCUGCAAGCAUUUGCUGGCCACCCGCUGGCCCGCAACCUGCGCGCCUACUUUGGUGGCGCUGGCGAUGACACCAGCAACGGCAACGACAACAACAACAACAACAACAAGAAAGGCGCUGCCGGUGGCAACGACGACCAGACGGCAGCCGAGCCGGAAGCCUUCUCACCGCCGGUCGAUCUCUUCCACGGCGACAACGGCUGGGUGCUGCACGUGGCCCUCCCGGGCGCCAAGAAGGAGGAUGUGGGCGUGCACUGGGACGCCGACCGGAAGACGCUGUCGAUUGCGGGCGUGAUCUACCGGCCGGGUGACGAGGCCUUCCAGCAGAGUCUGGUCAGCGCAGAGCGUCGCGUCGGCUUCUUCCACCGGAAACUGUGCCUGCCGCCCUUCUCGGAGAAGCCGCCGCCAUACCCAGCUUCGAGUGCGGCUGCCGCCGGUUCGAGCAACGAGUCUGACGCCGCGGCUGCGACCAGUGUCCCGGAGCAGGUGGCCCGCGAGGACGUCGACGCAAGCAACAUUGCUGCUCGCAUGGAGAACGGUCUGCUGAUUGUGAACGUGCCGAUCGUGGAGAAGGGCUGGACGGAGGUGCGCAAGGUGGACAUUGAAUAG